AUGGAAGGUGGCGGCAAUUUUGGUGGCAGUGGCUUGGCACAGCAAUCCCGGAGCAGGAAGAAGACAGUUUUGCAGGACUGGCAAAAGAAGGCCCUGCUAUCAGCUUUCACCAAGAGACCUUACUUGAGCUUCAGGGACAGACGGGAGCUGGCCAGGCAAAUGGGGCUCCCCGAAUCCCGCAUUCGCGUGUGGUUUCAGAACCGCAGAAAUCGGACUGGACACUUGGCACAGGGCCCGAAGCGCUGCAGCAGAGGCUCUAGCGGGCUAGGCUCCCCACAGCACCAGGAAGAACUUGGCUCCAGGGCACAAGGUAGAGGCAUGCCCUCAGAGCGCAGAAGGCCUCGCACUCGAAUCACCUUGCCACAGCAAGAGAUCCUACUGCAAGCCUUUGACGGGAACCCACUGCCAGGCUUUGCCACCAGGGAGGAGCUGGCACAGAGGACAGGUUUGCCCGAAGACACGAUCCACAUAUGGUUUCAGAACAGAAGAGCAAGGCACCCCAGCAGGCUCAGGCCCACAACACAAGAUCAAGACUCGCUGGCCUCAGGUGUGCCACAUGGGGCCCCUGGAGGUCCACGUGGCAGGGAGCAGGAAAGUGCCCAGGACAGCUUCUUGCCACCGGAUGAAGCAGGAGCUAUGGGAAUGGAUACCUCGCGGCCUAGCGAUCUGCCCACCUUUAGCGGAGAGUCCCAGCCUUACCAAGAGCCAGAUCGCACUGGACCAGGCCAAGCACGGGCCCCCACUCAAGCAAGCAUCACAGACCCUCUGGACUUCCUCCAUUUUCAACUGCUGGAUCAAGUCCAACUGGAGGAGCAUGCACCAGCGCCUAUGGAUCUGGAUGGAGGUUCUGGUGGCAGGGAACAUCAAUUGGCCCAGGACGGCUUGUUGCCACUGGAUGAAGCAGGACGAGUGCUCAACUAUAUCUCCAGCUUUACUGGCCGGCUCACCUUCUGGAGAGAGACCCAGCCGUGCCAAGCAGCACAGCCCUCUGGAGCAGGCCAAGCACAAGCCCCCAUUCACGCAAGUAACACAGACCUUCUGGAGUUGCUCGUUUCUGAACUGUAGGAUCAAGUCCAAGUGGAGGAGCAUGCGCCAGCCCCUCUGGAUCUGGGUGGAGCCUCUGGUCGCAGGGAGCAUGGAUUUGCCCAGGUCAGCUUCCUGCCACUGGAUGAAGAGGCAGGAGGUGUGGGAAUGGAUACCUCGAGUCCUAGACACCUACCCACCUUCAGCAGAGAGUCCCAGCCUUCCCAGUUGGCACAGCCCUCUCAAACAGGCCAACCACAGUCCCCCACUCAAGACAGCAACACAGACCCUCUGGGGCUCUUCCUUGUUCAACUCCUGCCCGACGUCUCUGUUGGAGGAGCAUGGGCCCGCCCCUCUUGGUCUGGAGGAGGCAUGGAAGCAAAUGGCCACAAUACCUGA